CUUGGUGGGUGCUGAAACAAUGCCGGGAGAGCAAAGCCGCCGAGGGUUUGUCCGGUUAGAGCCAGACAUGGAGGACGGACUGUGCCACGGGGAGCAGAUCCCCCUAGCCCAGUCGGAGGCGUUCCUAACGGACCUUUUGGAGAAAGUCUGUGAGCGAAUGAACGACUACAAGCUUGAGGAAGACCCUGUGACGAAGGAGAGAACUUUCAAGAGAUUUGCUCCUAGGAAAGGAGACAGAAUAUACCAAGAAUUUAAAAAAUUAUAUUUUUAUUCUGAUGCUUACAGACCUUUGAAAUUUGCGUGUGAAACUAUAAUAGAAGAGUAUGAAGAUGAAAUAUUCUCACUUAUCGCCCAGGAGGCACACUAUCUAGCUGACAAGCUGUGCAGUGAAAAAUCAGAUCUGUGUGAAACUUCUGCUAAUCAUACUGAGCUCUAGGAGUGCCGUGCUGCUAGUUGUAGAGAGGAGUAAAGUCACACCCAAAGGUCAAUGUCUGCAUUUUAUGUUUGCAUGUUAUCUUUCAUGAUAAGAAAUUUUGUCUCUUGUUUAUACCAUGUUUGUCUCCGUUUAUGAUUUAUUUUGAAAAUCUGUUGUUUGACAUCAUGACAAACCCUGAGUUUUUUUAUAGGUGAAGCUGAGGAGUACAUGAAACUUAAAUUAACCUUUGCAGAUUUUGAUGAAUCAAGCUUGACAAGAAAGAAUUUAAUUCUGUAUUGGGGGAAAAAGUGAAGACAUUUCAUAAACAAAAUAGGGAUUUCAUAAUGUAUGCUGUUUAUUUUAUAACAGUGUAUGUGCACGUAUACAAGUGCAGUAGCUAUCUGAUAAGAACUGAAUUUGAAUUCUCAAAUACUUGAUUGCCUAUAAAUUUAAGGAAAUACAUGGCAACAAAUUCAAAAUGUGGUCUUCUGGGUGAGAUAUGGCUAUUGGUGAAAGAAACAAACUCACUUUUUAUCAGGAAUGAAAUUUAAAUUUUUAGAAAUCACAAGUUUAAAAAUUCAUCUCUAAAAUUUAGUGGAGUGUGUAAAAACUAAUGAAUGCUUUAAUUUAUAGUAAACAAUAAUUAUAUUGGCCUCUCAAACACCAAUCUGAGUUUAAAUGGUUUAGAAAGUUGAAUUAUUAUUGCAUCAUGUGUUAAAAGAUGACGCUAGUGAUUGUGUUUUGUUUUACUCCAAACUCUUCUGGUUUGUUUGUUUUUCUUCUAAAGGUUUUUUAUUUUUUUUAAUUUUUUUGGCUCACAUUUAGUGCGUUGAGUUUACUACUAAAUAAUCUUCCAUUCUUCUACAGGAAUGGAAAGAGAGUUGGGACCUGGUGGGAAAUUAUCCUUUGACCACACUUAAUAUACAAAGUCUAGUAACAAUCACUCCCGGAAAUUUAUUUAUCUCUGUUAAAUUUGCAUUCAAUGGAAUCUGACUUUAAGGAUGAAAAAUGUCAGGGUAUAGUCUACACCAGUUUCUACGAAGAGAUUCUCAUUGUCUUUGGUGACAAUCAAGUGGGUAGGAUGCUACACAUUCUGCCCGGAAGACCUAAAACUCUUUGCCAUAUUGUUACUCAGUUGCUUAAAAAGCACAUUAUGUGUUUAAAUCAUUCUUCUGACUCUUCAGCAGGAAACAAUCCUUAUAUUUAGGAAAAUUUACCAAAGCUAAGGGAAAGGGCUUUCCAUGCCCCCUCCCCACCUCAACUCUGAUUAAAAGUUAGUGAGUUAAUAUCACUUAAUUAUUUGGGUGCUUUUUUUUUGGUCUUGUCUGUAGCUGCUUAAGUAUGAUGGCUCCUUACAUAAGCCAACGAACUCGCGCUCUAGCUGACACACGAUGGAAAUAGAACUGAAUAAUAAUUAACACUAUUUUCCAGUAGGGUAGGACAAUUGUUAUUUAAAACGUAGUCCCUAUAGCUUUAUUUAAAUGUACCUAGUUAAGGUUAAUUUGGCAUUUAAAGUAGUAAAUCAGGAACAUUCUCCUAACUUGGGUUUUCUUGGGAAAUGCACUAAACAGGAAAAUUAUUCCCGAAAACCUGGUGACCUUCACAGGAACAUGGUGGGAACUGUGACUCUAAGUAAGCUUCACUGAAAAAUGUUAACAGUUGUAAUUGUAGAAGUGUUGCCAAAUUUGUUUUCAUACUUUCAUUGAUCAUCAUUAAAAAUUCUCAAAUGUAGACAAUACUAACACUAAUUAUAGAAAUUAAGAAAACGUGGACUCCUGUUUGUGACUAAACGGACGUGGGGAGGUGCACCUCCUGUCACUGAGGGGUGCCUUUCUUUGACAGUGAUGCUUUGCUUUGAAUAUAGAGGGCCAGGAACUUUGACUUACAGCGAAUAGCUAAGGUUUUGCUAAAUAUGGCAUUUCAGGUUUUUUCUUGGAUUUCUCAUUAAAAAUAGUCUUGUGUCUUGCAAA